AGUCACUCCUCUGGCAAGGAAGAAGAAAGAGCAACACAGCUGUAUUUCAGGAUAGAAUUACAUAAAGCAUUCCCUACACUGAGGAAAAAAAAAAGAACUGCUUAAGGUCAAAUCUCGUUUUCAUUUCGUCCAAGAAGAAACACAAGAAGGCAAAAGCAUGUCUGCUGGACUGGAGAUCCUUGGACUGGCUCUGGCUGUUAUUGGGUGGCUUGGUGCUAUUAUUUGCUGUGCCCUUCCCAUGUGGAGGGUGACAGCCUUCAUAGGUAACAAUAUUGUGGUAGCCCAGAUCAUCUGGGAGGGUUUGUGGAUGAACUGUGUGGUGCAGAGCACAGGUCAGAUGCAGUGUAAGAUCUAUGACUCCAUGUUGGCACUUCCUCAGGAUCUUCAGGCAGCCCGCGCUCUAACUGUGAUCAGCAUAGUUGUGGCCAUUCUAGCUGUGUUCAUAGCCAUUGUUGGGGCAAAGUGCACCAACUGUGUGGAAGAUGAGGCUACAAAGGCUAAGAUCACCAUCCUAGCAGGUGUCAUGUUCCUCCUGUCUGGAGUGAUGGAAUUAAUCCCUGUCAGCUGGUCUGCAAACACCAUUAUCCGAGAUUUCUACAACCCCCUGGUGACUGAUGCCCAGCGGAGGGAACUUGGGGCAUCACUCUACAUUGGCUGGGCAGCUUCUGCUCUGCUGAUUCUUGGUGGGGCUCUGUUGUGCUGCUCUUGCCCACCUAAAGAUGAGAAAUAUGCUCCAUCUCGUGUUGGAUACUCAGCUGCUCGGUCUACAGCACCAAGUGCCUAUAACAGGAAAGACUAUGUGUAACCUGUCUGGCCCAUCAGAGAAGCUGCUUGUGCACUUCUACCUGAGAACUUCUGCACCUGUGCUACAGAUGCUGCUGUGUGUCUGACACUUGAAGGAAGAGAAACCAUAGGAUUAAACAAGAAGACAAAUCUUAUUCCAAGAAAAAUUACUGUACUGUUUUUUUCACUGACUCAGAAAAAAAAACUGUGGCGGGAAUGAAUUAAAGAAAUGAAUGGUACAAAACUGACCAUUUAACAUGGAGCAUUUGAAAGAAAUGGGCAGUGUUCAUUUAUAUAGCCUUAUAUCUAUAUUUGUUACAAUAUCUGUUAACAAAAUAAGUAAAUAAAACAAGGACACAGCUCUUGCAAGAGUCAAGGAAUUGAACUGCCAAAGGACGGAAUAAGUGACUUGCUUGUGCGAUGGAAGUUAUAUGUGUGUUAAAGACAUAUGAUGGUGAGGAACAUUAUAAAUAACAUUAUUUUAAGGUAGCAGACAUAAGUUUCUACCAAACGUUUGUGUCUGAACCACACCUGUUCCCUUGUGAUCCUAUGUAAAAUGAUACUUUAUGGUAUAAGGCAAUGUAGUUUAAACAAAUAAGCAGAAGGAAAGGUGAACAACAAGUUAUUUUAUGCUGUGAAUAUUACAUUGAUCUGUGCAUAUUUGUUCUUUGUUCAUAGUGAUUACUGAUUUUUUUGUGCAUAUAUGUGUGUGCAUGUCUAUGUCUGCACAAGCGUGCCUAGAUGUUGACAAGAGUCAUAGCUUCUAUGAAACUGAAGACAACAUUUCUCUGUAGUAGGUCUGUUAAGCCCAUCGUAUUUCACCUUUGUCUGUUAGAACUGGUCUAUUUCAACAUUGUGCACUACCUUUCAAUGGACACACGUGGCAGACAUACAGAAAAUGUUGCAGUAAUAUGGUUAAUAUUUCAAUGGUGAUCCAAUGUUCACAGUAAAAUUCUGGAAGCUAAUAAAACAGGGAUAAAAUUCCCGCUUUUUGAGAAAUACAGAAAUUCACUUUUAUUUCAUUUUAUAUUUGCAUGUGUCUCACUCUUUAAGAAACUAUGUGAACUCUUCUUCAGAACAGUGCUAUGAAAAUGUAGUAUCUGUUUCUGUACACGUGUACACAUUUGUGUUAUAGCGUUUGCCAGAAUAAUUAAAACAUUUCUAAGACUGAGUAGUUUAGAUCUCUAACUAGUCCCUGAAGUCAUGCUGUACAAAAUGAAGGUACUACUUAUACAGUGACAGUAAAAAUAUAAGAAGAACGUUACUGUAAAUUACUAUCAGAAUUGUGUAUGAUUCCCAUCUUAGAUGCCAUAGGAAUCAACAAAUGUCAGUACUUUUAAGGAAUGCCAUAUACUUCUUUGUAAAGUAUUUAAUUUUAGUGCUUUUAGAAAUGUUAUAUUAUUCUGAUUCAUAUUACAUUCUGCCUUUAAUAAUGCAUCAGUGUUCUUCCUGAUAAUGUUCAUGUGUGUGUGUGUGUUUAUGCAUUGCAAGAAAUAAGGCACAUAGCAAAAGUAUUUCAAAGUUACCCAUGAAUGACGCAAUAAAGGGAAAAGGAUUAACAACUCAUGAAAAAGAACAACAGUGCACAGGCAUGCUGAAAACCAUUUUAGGCUACCCUGUGAGUCCCAUAUUUUCACAUAGACUACAAUAUGUGUCAUACUGUAGGGGAUGUCAUCCUUUUCAGUGAAAGAAACUCAAUCAAAUACUAUCUGAAUUUUCUUUUCAAUAAACUGUUUGCAUUUCUCUUGCUGCAUAUCCUCUGUAAAGCUGUUUCAUAAGCAUAAUCUCCCCAGAAAUGCACAUACUUUCCAUAUUAAAGAAAACCUUUACAGUGUGCGGUGGAAAGCAGCUAGUGGUUGACGUAUGGUAUUUUGGAAAAUGUGAUAUUUUCUGGUUUAGUUUCCUUGCCUUAGCUGUCUAACUGAUAUAAGGCUGUUUGGUGUACGUCACAUGAUGAUGUUCACAGAUAAUGAACCAGGCUCUCUGACUCACAGCUGUAUUUAUUACACAGAUUAGAACCAAUGCUGUGUAAUGCCUAGCUGCUAGGUACAGAUCAUCAGAUGGAUGACAUAUUAAGCCCAUUACCAUAAGGAAACUUGAGAAACAAAUUUCAAUUUCACGUAGCACUCGAGUGAUCAUGGAAAACACACUUUCUCACUUUCAUUCUUUCUUACUUUCAAGAUGCAUUCAUCCAUAAUUUUUCCCUAAAAUGGCUACUGACUGACUGUUAAAACCCUUAUGAUCUUAUUUAAAAAAGCAACAUAAAAACAUUUCCACAACCUGUAACAACUGCUGCUUGCUACAUGUUAAAAUUUUCCCCAACAUUUUCCAAUUAAUAAAAACAGCAUGUACUCUGUAUUUUUUAUCAUUGUUAACUUAAUCCUGUUUUUUUGUAGCAUGAAGAUUUCUGCAACACUCGCACUAUCACACCUGAGGAUUAAUGUAUAUCAAUGUACUGAAUGUAGACAAAAUGGAUAGUCAAGACGUAACCUCCAUGGUAGGGUUUUUUCUCUGUCAGCUACACUCCGGCUUUAAGUAAUAAAAGACUGGAAGGUGAUGAGCAGUGAGCAUACCAAACUGAUUAUUUCUAUACUUUAGAAGGCAGGUCUGCUAAAUCUCAAGUGUAAAGGUCCGUGUUGUAGCAACCCUGUAAUUAAAAUCCUUUCUGCCCUGUAGUAUCCAUUUCUUAACACUUAUCCUCAUUUGUGCUUUGUGUGAGCCUAAUUUAUACAAAAGAGAUCAAAACAGCAUCAUUUUCAGAUAAGUCAAAUAAUAAAGUUUUAAUUGUUUUAAUUCAUUUUUUUCUGACGGUAACAGGUUUAGUGACUUUAUUCUGUAAUGUACUAGCCAAGCUCUCAUUUAUUUAUGUAUGUAUGUUAUGUGUUUAUAUAUGAUUUUGUAAACCUGGAAAUAAAUACAGCUAACAUAUAUAAAA